AUGAGCAUAAAGAUAGAAUGCCAGCGGAAACGUCCAUGGCAGCGGCAUGACGUCACCCGGAAAGGCCUGCCGUGCACUCCAGCGUUUGCAUGCACCGACUACAAAGUCCAAGGGAGAACGCUGAGGCGGGUGGCGUUGGAACUGCGCGGAACCAGGACGACGAAUAUCGAUGGUAAGAUGGUGCCAAGCCAGUGCGACCCAUACAGUCUAUACGUGCAGCUGUCGCGCUGCCCGUCGCUCGACGGCAUCAUGCUAGUAUCGAAGGCGCGUGAGAGGGACCUCGUCGGGAAUAAAAUCCCUGCUGACAUGGCAGCUGCGGAGGCUCGGCUCGAACUGCUAAGCCGGGUGACUGUAGAGAAAGCCCAGAGCUGGCUGGAUGGGUAG